CCUAUUAUUUAUGGAAAUUGGUCACACUUCCAUCCAGCUGCUGUGUCGAAAAAAUGUCUUCGACUUUAAUAAAAUGCCUUAAUUUGGCAAAAUCUGUGAGAACAGCGACGGUAAAGAGCUUCCUGGCAGCCCCGAAGCCACAAUGGCAGGUGUGGAGUGCGGCCGCUCUUCAAACGCCGCAUGCUCAAAUGCACACAUCUCCCCCACGAAUGGAUCUUAUGGAGUUCUUUGAUGACAAGAAGCACUGGAGCGAAAACGAGGUGAAGGUGGGACGCGCCUGGCGGGCCGAAGAGCUCCGAAUCAAGUCUAACAAGGAGCUCCACCAGCUAUGGUUCGUCCUACUGAAGGAGCGCAACAUGCUGCUAACCAUGGAACAUGAGUGCAACGAGCAAAUGGAGAUCUUUCCCAGUCCGGAGCGCAUCGAUAAGGUAAAAAUCUCCAUGAAAAACCUCGAGACAGUUGUGCGAGAGCGCAACAAGGCGUACCACCUGCUGGAGACGGGUGAGACAGGUGAGCGGCCCCAGCGGCCAGUCCAGAAUGCAUUUGGCCUUCAGGUCAAUUACAAAAGCUGUGAGCAUGUGCUGCCUCCUUUUAUGAACCUGAAAUGGAUCAAGUCCCGCAACAUCGGCUUUGGCGGUAGGGCAGUGAACCGGUUCCUAUUGAAGUACAGGGAGCAACUUUACAACGCCAAGCGCAAGGCGAAGAAUCGCUCCCGCAACGAGGUCAUGAUGAUCCUGCGUCGGAAUCCCAACUUUGACCUGGAGGUGCUUCGUCGCAAGUUUCCCGAUGUCAACAUCGACAAGCUGCGUAACGAUGAUAAGACCCGAGGCCACUUUGUGCCAAAGGUUGACAGUUAGGCCAGUUAUUUAGUUAUUAAAACCUUAAAAUUGAAUCCAA